AUGACGAUGGCAACGACAUCCACAACAGACAAGGCAGCCUCGAGCUCUUCGGCAGCGGCAGCGGCGGCACCUACAGAAAUCUACGAACAAAAAGAUGAAGCCUACUUUGGCUACUACAGUAUGCUCUCGCAUCAAGCGCAGAUGCUCCAAGAUACGGUGCGCACCGCCGCCUACCAACGCGCUAUCCUCAACAACGCACCGCUCGAUUUCCAAGACAAGGUUGUGAUGGAUGUCGGAGCAGGCAACGGUAUCCUGAGCUUCUUUUCGGCCCAAGCCGGUGCCAAGAAGGUGUACGCCAUCGAAGCGUCCAACAUGGUCGAGUGUCUUCAAAAAGUGGUCGACGCCUCCAAACCACACCGAUCCCCGGCAGAGAUUGCGCAGGAAAAGGAGGCGUUGGAGCUCAUGGGUGCUGGUGACGCAGGCUUGGGCGGAGUGAGCUUCGGCACGACCAACCCGAGCGUGUCGAGAAACGCGUGGUUGAAAGAUAGACUGGUGCCCGUGCAUUCCAAGGUGGAGGACGUGACACCGGAGCACCUCGAGGGGCAUACUCAGGUGGACACGAUUGUGUCCGAAUGUCUCGGCGUGCUGUUGGUGCACGAACGCAUGUGCGAGAGUUUCCUCGAUGCACGAGAUCGAUAUCUCGCUCCUGGCGGCUCUGUGUUCCCUUCGGCCGGCACGAUCUGCUUGGCGCCAUUCGAGGAUAAACAGCUGUGGAACGAUACGGCCAACAAAGCAAAGUGGUGGCUCAACAGCAACUUCUACGGCGUCGACGUCUCGCCGUUUGCUGCGCUCGCUUUCGAGGAGAACUUUGGCAGCCCCGUCGUGGGUGUCUUUGCGCCCCAGUGUCUGCUCAGCGUGUCGAGCGACUACGUGAUCGACUUUGCCAGCAUCAGCAAGGAGGAGCUGCAAGAGUUUACGGUUCCGGUGGAAUGGACGUUUACCAACGCAGCCAUCGUCCAUGGGCUGGGCGGAUGGUUUGAUCUGCACUUCAACUCCCAAUCCGCCACACCGCCGAGCGAUACGGACACGACCAUGGGCGACGACAAUGCAAACGCAGCCACCAACGGCAUGUCGCUCGAAGCGGCGCUCGAUACGCUCAAGUCCGCAUCCGCAUCCGCAUCCGCAUCCGCAUCCGCAUCCGCGUCUGCCUCUGCUGCUAUAGGCUCAGGCUCAGGCUCGAACACCACCUCGAUGGAUGCCGUCCUCACCACGCUUCCUACGAUCGACUCCUCGGCCACAACACCCGCAGCCGCUGCCGGUGCGGGCAACUUUAUGUCCACCAGCCCAUACGCCGAGCCCACCCACUGGCAGCAAGUGCGCUUCCUCCUCCCUGAACCGCUAGCCGUCAAUCGAGGCCAAAAGAUCGCCGGCAGCGUGCACUGCAAAGUUAACGACCAGCGGUCCUACACCAUGACUGCAUUGCUGCGGCUGCAGAAUCCAGAUGGAACGGCGUCCGACACGCCGGUCACUAUGCGAAAGGCGGUUUGGAGGCUCGAUCGUCAAACAUACUCAUGGUCCUAG